AUGGCACCCCGUACCUAUGCCGCUCGGCGCAAAACCCAGGCAUAUAGAGCUUCAAAGCCUGCUGCAUCAACUUAUGUACACACAAGGGUUGGUCGUCCAGCUCAUCGGUCAAAGACGCAUGGGACAGUCAUACAGCUGGAGACCAUCGCACCGCUUACUCCUCCUCGAUCGCAGUACUCGCCAAGCUCUAGAACCAAACCUCAUCUGACCCCGGCUAACAAGCUGAAUCUACCUGAGGAACUUGCAGCAGUACGCCGCACCGUCAACAACCGACACGCGAAAGACGUGUCAAAUGCACGAUCUAUACCGCUCCAGAGGGCCACCUCGCCAGGCCUGGAGCUGACCGACAUUGACUAUGCAAGUUCACCAGAGGACAUUGAGAACAUAAUUGAACAAAUCACGGACUACUUCGAUUUCUGGUCAAAUACCACCUUGAGGGAGGGACCAGCUAGUCUUCUCGCGGACUUCAGACUCAUCAAUCGCCGUUUGGGUCUUGCACUUGGGCUUUUCGAAAAUGUUACCUCAUCUUAUAUCUGCGGCAGGGCAAAGAGAGACUUCCAGGAUAUCUACGCUAGAUUCGUUGAGACGUGGAGCCGAGCCACAUAUCAGGCCCUUGUCGAUAAGCUCGAUCGGCUGCUGGCGCAACUCCGAGCUCGGAUCACCCACCGCUUUACAGUGAUUCACGAAAUCGAGUUCACUUUAUUUGAUCUGGACGUUGGCGCUGUCUCGCCGUGUUCCUCGCUGCAAGCACUGUUGGGCUCUACCUGCAACACUGUCCCGUUUCUUGUCUCCGCAGACCAGGCAGAAGAGCUCGUCGACCGCGCCGAGAAGUUACUCUUUGCAUUCCAAGAUGUAACAUAUGAUACCGAAGCCAAGGAGCUGUGGCUUUUGAUAUGGCGGAGCUUGAAAAGAGUGUUCGCUGCCUUCGACCAAGGAGGAGCCCCAACCUCCCCUACGAACACUUUGCGUGACCGGCUAUUCUUCGAGAUCCCGAAAGUUCGCAGGGAGUUGAAGCGUCUGAAUCACACAACUGAGGCAGCAAAUUCAGCGAGCAUUGAAAGCAUAGUCGGCGAAUACUGCCGCUACAUUCACAGCUGUCCAAUCGACCCCGAUAAUAAAUACGAGUCACUUCAACGUACCCAAGACACGCCUCUGGGACAACACACCAAAAAUGCAUUGAGGCAGUUCAUCAAGACUGGGAAAUUCGAAACAAGCACGCUUUCCAAGCUUCAUUUUGCCGUUGCACGAUUCAACAAGAUCAAUGGCGGUCCAGUGAUGGUUAGUCGAUGGAGGAGUCCUCACGACAAUGGAGUAUGGGAUAUGAUACCCAUGUACCUCGAUUCUCCUGUCUCAGUUCAGGCUUCUUCUGCAACGGAGGAUCGCGCCAACGUGCAACACACUAGCCAGCCGAGCUCGCCGUUGAAUUCAUACUCACCCGCGUUAGACACUAGUCGCGGCAUCACGGAGAAGCCAGCGAAGCGUGUCUUCCCCUAUCCCGAAGGCAUUAGCAUCAAGAGCGACUUUGAUUACGUAUGGUAUCCUUCGCCAGAGACACGGGCUCAUGAGGUGGUUCAGAACGAGCAAAUAUCUCGAGAACUGGCUCAACCUGGAAUCGUCUCUGCAGGGCCUCGACCCGAGUAUCUGAUCGACCGGCCUCCGCGUCACGUUCGAGAUCCUACCCAAUUCGCCGAACGAAGUCUUGGGCCUCUCUCCUUUAUCCGUCAUGCGAUACAACAGCUGAUCGCAAAGAAGCGUGGCCUCCCCGAUAUCAAGACCCCCACUUUCAGCCGACUUCCCAUGCACCAGCAGUCAUUGCCAGUGGGGUCUGCAUCUGCCAUCCUUGGCCGAAAGGCGAGGGUGCAGAAGCCGGUUUCGUCAGGUCAGGUCUCUGGACUUCGCGGCGGAAAGGGUCGUCCAUUGCACUGGUCAACAGGGCUCAGCAGACGACACCACUUCGAUGCGGCAGCAUUCCAUCGAAAAAUGGUCAGCUUGAGUAUACGGGAAUUAAGACGCAGAUAUGGUGGUGGGAUACCCAUCGAUCUGGCCGAGAUAUUGAAGCUCUUGCCGCGGACUGGAUACGAUAUUCAGGAGGUGGCAAUGAGGUAUAUAUCUCGUGGGAGAGGGCCCAGGCUCACUUCUAUCUCGACAAGUCACGGACACUCAGGCACAAGGCCAUCUGACCAAACUGCGGUUGCUGGUCAAAGCAAGCAUCUGCCUCCUGUGUACGAACGCUGUAUGGACGAACAUGCCCGGGUAUCAAAGUACCGGGUGAACAACUCCCCGAGAGCCACAGUUGAAGGCUGGGAGGAAGCAUACCUCAACGAGCAUCAUGAAACCAACGAAGAUGACGACCAAGAGAACCUCCCUCCCGGUCCUGCAGGCGUCCGUAUCCCGUUGGGUGAAAUGCAGCCGGGUGAUUAUUCGGUUCCCCAAAGUGAUGGCAGUAGCCUGCGGCGAAGAUCUGAUAGUUCUGACACGCCAGUGAGGUUAAGAUGCCAUCCGUGCCCGACUUUUGAAGGGCAAUACCAUCACGAGUGCCCAGGCUCGCGAUUCUGCCCAGGAUAUGAGCCUCCAAGUCCUGCAUGGAGUCCGACUAGUCCUUCAUACCCUUUCGACUAUGACAGGAAUCACGGCGAAGAGAGAUGGAGUUCAGAAGACGAGCAUAGAUACAGUUCUGACGAGGACCAGGGGCAUGAGCAAGACAACGGCGGCGGGUUACCCGUGGACAAUAAGUCCGAGGACUCUUUGAUCAUUUACGAGGAUGAUCAUCAAGCCGGUGGGCCGGACGCCGGACACAACGGCGACGAGGCCGGGCACAAUGACUAUAGGAGCCAGGGCGAGAAUGCCACAACUCCACCUGCAGCGCCUGCUGCUGAGGACGACAACACAGUGGAAAGCCUGUUUGGUGAUCAAGAAGGGGGCUUUGCGACAGUCAUUGGUCGCUUUUCUAUGGACAGCUUUGUUCAUAUUCAGCAAGGAUUUGACUCGCUUGAUCAAGGAGAGAUUAAUUCCACCACGGGCGGUGAAGUCGUCGGUAAUAUGAUACCCUGGCUGGAAUCCACCGCAGCCGUGAUCAAUCAGCUGAGGGGCGAAUAUCUGGCCUCGCUGAAGGGGGAACAAAAGCCGCACCUAGAAAUGAUCCCGGAGGAGGAGUUCAGAUCCAAACCUUCGAUCAAGACACAUCCGGCCACGUACAAGCUCUGCAAGAGAGCUUUCCAGGACGUCCGAUUCCAUCAUGGACGGGUGCUCCAGUUCUUCGACUAUACGCAUCCACGGACACUCUUGAGCUUCCGUUACGCAUUCAAUGCGUUGAUUGUCGCUGUGAGAGAGUUACUUUUGCUUCUGCGGGAGUACCAUCGGUCCCUCGUCGGACCCGGAAUCGACAACGGAGACGAGCGCGGAGACGACCACGACCAACCUACAUAUCCGCCGAGAUCGCCCAGCAAUGACUCGGUCGUCACACCGCCCAUCUCAAAGGUCGGUUAUUUCCAGAGUCCCGUUCACAAGGACGUCCAGAAUCCCCACGAAACGGUCAAGAACGCUCCUUCAGGGCCCAGGCCAAACCCUCUACCAGCGCGGAAGGAUUACGAGAAUAUGUUCGUCCCUGAACUGUGCCGUGAACUCGAACAGAAUCGCGGCAUUAAAGAUGUCAUAGGAGCUCUGGGGAAGAAAAACCCGGUCAAGAAAGACUACAUUGACAAACUCAUGGCUCUGGACCAGGAGGGAAUCGUCGGCAAAGGUGCCACAGAGUGUUACCGCAAUAUCACCGGGAAUUGGAAUGCCCGCGGUACGCCGAAGAACUGGAAUAUCGAGACAGCGCUCAAGGGGUACUAUGAAAGGCUCGCUAGGGAGAAGGAAGCAAUGUCGUCGCCACGGGGGUCGCAGCGUCCCAGCCAACGAGGAAACUCGGGCUCCAAAAGUCUGAGCGGAUCGUCAAGGUCUGUCCGUUAA